AUGGUCUUCCGCCCGCCGUUUGAGGAAUUCGAGAUCCAGCUCGUGGAGGUGCCCGCCGGCGAGACGGUCCCCGCCCCCACAAACCCCGGCCCCCUCCUGCUCCUCGUCACCCGCGGCGCCGGCUCGGCCGCCGCGUCCGGCGGCGCGGCGGCGUCGUCCAAGCUGCUGGCGCAGGCGGAGCUGCGGCGCGGCAGCGUAGCGUUUGUGCCGGCGGGCACCACCAUCAAGUACACUGCAUCUGGGGCGGGCGACCUGCAGGUCUGGGCGGCGGCGGUCAACGCCAAGGUGUUCGCGCCGGCAACGGCGGAGGAGGCGGCGGCGGCGGCCGAGCCGGCGCUGGUUGCGGCCUGA